AUGAUAUGCUUCUUACUGUCUUUAUUUUCACAAAUCUUCCAGUCAGGCUGGACAGGUGUGAACGAGCGCACCUUUAUUGCUAUAAAACCCGACGCCGUGCAGCGGAAGCUGGUGGGCCAAAUCAUACAGCGCUUCGAGAAGAAAGGCUUUAAACUUGUGGCACUCAAACUUGUUCAGGCGUCAGAAGAUCUUCUUCUGGACCACUAUUGGGAUCUAAGGAACAAGACUUUCUUCAGUGAACUGAUCCACUACAUGAGGUCUGGCCCAGUUGUUGCCAUGGUGUGGCAGGGUCUCAAUGUGGUCAAGACUGCACGCGUGAUUUUGGGCGAGACCAACCCGGCUGACUCUCUUCCUGGGACCAUUCGCGGAGAUUACUGCGUGGAUGUUGGAAAAAAUGUAAUCCAUGGCAGCGACUCUGUUCAAAGCGCUCAGAAGGAAAUCUUCUUGUGGUUCAAGCACGGGGAACUCCAGCUGUGGGAGCACCACAGCACGCCGUGGAUCUACUGA